AUGCACGUCGCAUCUCCAUCUCCAUCUCCCGUGACAGGAACAGCGAACGAUUACAAAAAGGUAGCUAUCCAGGGCACGAAAGAUCUUCUUUGCAGCGGAUCAAGACACGUAAACCUCACCGAAGAAUCUCCUCUCGCUGGUAGCGAUCCCAAAGCGCCUGCAUGUGCAAGAACGAAAGCGCAGGCAGAGAAACUAAUCUUGAGUGCAAACACCCCCUUGCCACGAGACGACUCUAAAAACAAAGUCUUCUCAUGGGAAGGUUAUCUUUGCACCGGUGCCCUGCGAUUCCCACUUAUCUACGGAACACACGAUCCGACAUGUAUACCCGGCGCACCGAACGCCCUGAAAAUGCGCAGAACAAACGUGGUUCUAGGCAAUGCCAACAAUCUCUGGAGUUUCUGCAGUGUCCAAAAUGCGACAUCUUCACAUCUUCUACUCGCGCGAGCUCUCUUUGAUACACGCCAGCGCAAAUCCUCCCAUCUUCCAUCCGCAGACGGAGAAGCGCUCCAUAUCCAUGAUGGCGAAGCACGAAAGUUUUGGGAUCUCGCAAGGAUGAUUUGGAAGUUUGCGGGUCACGUAUCGAUCGAUGAGCGGAUUGGCUAUUUGCCAAUGUGGUUUGCGUUGGUUCUUUCGUCGUGCUUGGAAUUUGGGUUUUGGUUUCUUACGUGUGGGAGGAAAAGACCGUAUCAGUUGGAGAAACAGCAGGUGGAAUAUGCGCUGUUUGAAGAUACGUAG